AUGAAGUUAACUCAAGUAUUUUACUUUGUUGCCUUGCUCAUAACCAUUAAGGUUUUUGUUCCAGGAUUGAACAACAAUGGCUUGGUACAAGCAAAGAGCGCUGGAUCUGACUCCAAGUCAUUAAAGAAGCUUGACAAAGAUAUGCUAAAGAAAAAAAGGAACCAACAGAUAAUGAUUAUUUCCACCAUCGCAAGUAGCUUAGCUUUACUCAUUGGUACUGCCUUAGGAGGAUACAACUACUACCAACAAAAGAACAGCAAGAAAUCCAACGGACCAGUCAUCACAAACGUUUCACAAACAAGAACGGAGACUAGAAACCUAAGCAGAUCACAAGAAGAUCUCUCCAAAGUACCAGCAGCCCCAACACUCACCAGCAACGCCAGCAGCACCAGCAACACCAGCAACACCAGCAGCACCAGCAGCACCAUCCACCGGACCUAUACCAUCGACGCCAUCCACACCAACUAUAGUGCCAGCACCAACAACACCAAUAUCACCAUCAACGCCAUCCAACCCACCCAACCCAUCCUACUCCGCACCAUCAGCCAGAUCAUAUAG